AUGCCAUCAUUCACCACAACCCAUUACUUCAGAUCCUUCAUUUUCAUCAGUUUAUUCAUAAAAAUCCUAUCUUUUGACCCAAUUCCAUUGUUUUCCUUUGUUGAUUUUGAAAAAGAUCUGAAAUUUAAGUCUAGUGUUGCCCUUUUUGGUAAUGCAAAGGUUGUCAAUGGUGAGUCCAAGAUUCAGCUCUCUGGUUCAGGGAGUUCUGGUGCUGAGACUGGGAGAGUGAUUUACAAGAAACCCAUCAAGCUUUUUCAAGGUAAACCUAAGCAAUUAGUUUCAUUUUCAACUUAUUUUACAUUUUCAAUCUCAUUGGAAAGUAGAUUGGAAAGUGGGGGUGGUUUAGCUUUUGUUUUGAUUCCAAAUAGUGUUAAAGGUGGUGUUUUUAAUCAAACCUCAUCUGGGUUUUCUCUUGGAUUGAAAAAUAAAGAUUUUGAAGUUAUUGGUGUUGAGUUUAGUGUUUCAAGGGAUGGUAAAAAUGAGAUUUUGAUUAGAAAUGGUGAUUCAAGUAAAAUCUACUUAACAAAUUUGGCACUAAGAAGUGGUGAAAAGAUGCAUACUUGGAUUGAUUAUGAAGCAAGUUCAAUGAGAUUAGAAGUGAGGUUGAGUAAAAAUGGGAAUUCAAAGCCAUUUGAUCCAUUGUUAUGGGACAAAAUUGAAGUAUCUAAUGUGUUGAAGGAGGAAGAAAUGUUUGUAGGUUUUAGUCCUGUGAAAGAGAAUGAUGCUUUUUUGUACUCAUGGAGCUUUGUUGUGAGACAUUUUCCACCACAUUCUAUGCAUUCAGAGCCACUUGAUCCUAAGGUUUUUGUGAAAAACAGUGAGAAUCCAAUGGUUGUUGAAUCAAAGGAAAAGGGGAAGAGUGAUUGUUUUUUAAGAGUUCUUGCUGCAAUGAUAUUUGGUACUGGUUGUGGAGCUUUGACAGCAUUCACUGUGCUUUAUUUGUGGACAAUCUUUGGCAAUAAACGCGGUGGAGCAGUAGUUCCAGAAGGAUGUGUUAUGCAAGGUUUGGAUGGUGAUUAUAGGAAAGUUAAGAUUGUUGUAGAUAGUAAAACCAUUGGAGAUGCUAAUAAGUAA